GAAACUGUCCCAAACUCGGUGCGAACGAGCUGUUUGUCCACACUUUGGCAAAGCGUCCGUCCGCUUCGUGCGCAGCAGUUUGACGCAAACACGGGGAUGUUGUGAACGUCCAGCCGGGAGAAGAACCGCCGUGAUAUCCGCACCCACCGGAGCGACUUCAACAAGUUUACUUGGACUUUUUCUGGAGACUCUGCAUGCUGGAGCUUGACGCUGACUUGACUGCUUCAUAGAGAGCGACGCCUUUGUGAAAAGCAGGAGGAAGGCCUGUUUGCUCAUCUUCAUCAUACUGGAAGCUGCAGGAUAAUCAGAAAAUGGCAAGAAGAUCCCUCAUUCCCUCGAUACUUCUUGCUAUGUGCUGCCUGGCAUCUGCAGGGCCAUUGUUUCGCAGCCCAUGUGAGCUGCUGCCAGUGGGGAUGGGACACCCGGUGCAGGCCACGUUGAAGAGCUUCACCGCCCUGUCCGGCUGUGCAAGCAGGGGCACCACCAGCCUCCCUCAGGAGGUCCACAUCAUCAACCUGAGAGGACAUGCUCCAGAGGGACCAGACAGCGCCCCGGCAGAAGUGGAGCUGCAUCUGAAGCCCAUCCAGUCUUUGCUGCGCCACCAGAAGCCCCUGGUCUUCGUGCUCAACUCCCCCCAACCACUGAUCUGGAAGAUCGAGACGGAGAACCUGGCCCCGGGCGUUAAGCGUACCUUUCAUGUAUCUGAGGGCUCAGAGGUCCACUUCCAGGCGGGAAACUUCUCCCUCUCCCGCCAGAUCCAGGAGGAGACCCUUCCCCAUGGCAAUGAGCACCUCCUCAACUGGGCCCAGAAGAAGUACAGGGCAGUCACCUCUUUCUCUGAGCUCAGGAUGACUCAAGACAUCUACAUCAAAGUCGGAGAAGAUCCAGUGUUUUCUGACACCUGCAAGAUUGAUACCAAGUUCCUGUCUCUGAACUACCUGGGCGGCUACAUGGAGCCACAGACUUCAAAGGGUUGUGUCCUCUCUGGACCCGACAAAGACCGAGAAGUCCACAUCAUCGAGCUGCAAGCCCCCAACUCCAGCAGUGCUUUCCAGGUGGACGUCAUCGUGGAGCUGCGGCCUCUGGAGGAUGAUGCCCCUCUGCAUCGUGACGUCGUCUUGCUGCUCAAGUGUGCCAAGUCCGUCAACUGGGUCAUCAAGGCCCACAGUGUGAUCGGCGCGCUGCAUGUAGUGGCCUCUGAUACCGUGAGUGUUAGUUCAAAUAUGGAGAGACUGGUGAAGGUGUCAACGUCCCCCAAGGAGCACUUGCCAUCAGGAUCUCAAGCCUUGAUCAAGUGGGCGGGGGAGCAUGGCUACAGUCCUGUCACGUCUUACACCAGCACUCCUGUGGCUAACCACUUCAAUAUCCGCCUCAGAGAGCCAGAUGUGGUGGAUCCUCUGGAGAGCAUGUUUCCUCCAGAGCUGUCCAUCCUGCGCGACUCCAGUCCUCACCCAGGACCGGGAGUUGCUUUGCGACGCUCCGGUCUGCCCUUUCCCUUCCCUCCAGCCGUGCCUCUGCCCUCCUCCCUCGACGAGCGGCCCUGGGAGAACGACGGCGAGCCCGAGGAGCCGCAGGGCGUUCUGAACGUUGGCCUCAGUGUGCAGUGUGAGGACACGAGGAUGGUGGUCAGCAUCGACAAAGAAAGCCUGCACGCGAAUGGGUUCGCUCAUGCCAACCUCACGCUCCAAGACCCGGCGUGCAGAGCAACGGUCAAUGCCACCCACUACACACUGGAAACUCCUCUGACGGGCUGUCAGACCACCGUAUAUCCCAUGCAGGGUAGCCCAAUGGCCCUCCACAUCAACUCUGUUUUGAUAAAUCAUUCAGAGACUAAGGACGGGAGUGGUGGGCCGCUGGACUAUGAGGAUCUGGAAUCCGGAGACCUGGUGUUCCCGAGGGACCCCGCGGAGUUAGAGAGGACGUUUCCGGAGCCCACAGAGCACCAGUCCGUCAUAGUGUUCAACUGCACGUAUCGAAAGAAGCAGGAGACCUCAGAAACACUUCCCAGGAUUGUACCGGCACCAGGGAGUCAACCGGUCAAAAACAUGACGUUUACCAUGGAGCUGUACAACACGCUGCCGAGGAACGACCCGACACGCCAGGCCUUCUUCACUGUUACACAAAACCAGCAAGUCUUUGUGGAGGUCACAUCAACCGCAUCAAAUCCGGAGCUUGGGUUCACCAUCGUAUCGUGCUUAAUUUCUCCCAACUCCAACCCCAGCAUGGCCUCGGGCUACACUCUCAUCGAGACAUUCUGCCCCACCGACGACUCCGUCAUAUACUAUCCUCAGAGGGACGACUCGGAGAAGAAAAUAUUCAGCUUCACCUUCAACUCGAAGUUCAACAUGUCCCUUCUUUUCCUGCACUGUCAGAUGUCUCUGUGCUCCAAGAGAUCUCAGAGCAGCCACAGACUGCCGUCGAAAGUUGCAGAGAAUAAAUGCUUUUCCGUCAGAGACAUGUGUUGCUUACAGCCCAGUGAGACCUGCGAAUCUCCCUCUGCGGACAAUAUCAUGGCGAUGAUGUUGAACACCAAGAUGUCGACCAAGCCGCUGGUUGUGGUGGAUGGAUCCGGUCAACCAGACAAACCAGCACCUCAAAACCCACAGGAUCCUCCUAAUGAAAGCACACUGUACGUGCUGGACACUCCGACAGUGGUGGGAAUCGCGUUUGCAGCCUUUGUGAUCGGGGCCCUGUUGACCGGAGCCCUGUGGUUCAUCUACUCACACACAGGUGAGCCAGCAGGCACACAGCAGAUCCAGAAGUCCCAGCCGGCCUCAGAGAACAGCAGCGCGGCCCACAGCAUCGGCAGCACUCAGAGCACUCCCUGCUCCAGCAGCAGCACCGCGUAGCCCCGGACGCCACCCUGCGGGACGCCAAGCCCUGCCGUGGCACCGGAAGGGCCCGACGGUUCACAGGGGCCGGUUUGUUGCUCUCCUUCCACGAAAGGAGUUAUUUUGGCGGGUGUGAUAGAGAGGGAAAAAGUAUGAUUCAAAAACACACAUUAACACCUUUGGUCCUUGUGUGAAUUCCUUUUGUGCCACUUCAAGCGUGUGCAGGUGGUGUUAUUGGUCUGUAAUAGUAGUGAGCCCCAGCUUGGCUGCCUCACCUCAUAUCCAGUACAAAGAAACUACAAGAAGCAAAUGUGAGUGUAAACCAGACAUUUCUCUCUAAUCCAAUUGCUGCUUUUUUCUGACCACAGCGCAGCCUUUUGUUCUGACCUUAAAUGGUGCGAUUUAGGCUCUUUGUAACAAACAGACAGCAAGGAAAGCAAUGAGGCUGCAGUGACGUCAGGAAUUAUUACUGAGAUGUUGACUGCUGGACUAUAACACAAUGACAUGCAGGCCUGAGGGUGGCAAAGGAGCAAAACAACCACUAUUAGCAUGCGGACAGAAGUGCAGUAUGAACAAAGUCGUCACCUUGACACAGCGAGGGCGAGAUGAUGGCUUUUCAAAGACAGUGUAGGUAUUGAAUGUAUGCAGAAGAGUAAACGCCAAAAAAUGUGAAAGACAAAUGUGAAAGACGUGCUGACAAAAAGCCACAUUUUGUAACGUCCUCAUUUCACUCCUUCUUCCCUCAUAACGGAUUCAUACACAGGUUGAUAAAAUGAAUGCAUUUCAGUCUCAAUUUCAUUGAUGUUACAGACCUUUACAGGCAUUAUGGCUUCUUCUUUUUUUACUACAACCCUGAUUCUGAAACAGUUGGGACGCUGUGAAAACAAAGACAAAGCAGAAUGUGAUCACUUGCAGGACAAAGACAAUAUAUUUAAUGUUUGAUUUUUGCAAAUAUCGGCUUAUUCUGAAUCUGAUGCAGCAACACGUUUCAGCCAUUCACAAGCGAGGAUGGAGCGAGGUUCGCCACUUUGUGGACACAUGAUUGGAUGAAGGAUGUUACUACGGGAACACUUCAGCUCAACACACAGCUAGUUUGUAAAUGACUACAUCCUGUUUUAUUUAGGUUUUCCACAGCAUCGCAACUUCUUUGUAGUCAGGGUCAUAGUUGUUUUUAAUGGAAUAGUUCAACAUUUUGGCAAAUAAAGUGUAUUCCUCUCUCAAGUCUGUGCGUUAAGUACAGAGCGUCACACUGGAGGUGAUUAGCCUAGCUUAGCAUCAAGACCUGAGGCAGAGGGAAACAGAAAUAAAAUAACAUUUUGCAGAACUGUAGACUGGAAGCAGCAGGAAACAGUCUGCUAGCUAAAAAGCUAAAAAAUACACCCACCUGGACACAGCCAGGCUAGCUUCAUACCCCUGCUUCCAGUUUUUAUGCUAAGCUAGGCUAAUCACCUCUUGGCUCCAGCUCCGUACUUCACGAGCAGACAUCAGAGUGCUAUCACGUUUUCCAAAAUGUCAAACUGUUCAUUAAGACCUGUAUAUUUGUGUGAAUAUUGUAAAUACUCUAAAAUGUUACGAGGUCGAUUGUGUGUUUUUGUGCUUCUGCGUUAGAAUUUACCAGCGUGAGUUUAAACCGUUUCAAAAAGGAUAAAAGAAGAAUCAGAAUGUGGAACGGUAGCUUCAGUUUAGAGUAUGAUUUAAGAACAUGAAUACAAAAUCAUGUUUUAUUAUAGCUGACAUAGCUUGGAUCUGUUCCUUUACACCAGGGCUGCCACUGAAGACAGUUCAUCAUUGAUUUAUUGAUUACUUUUACAGUUAAUCGUUUAAUUAUUUAGUCUAAAAUGUCAGAAAACAGUCAAAUCUGACCAAAAAAAAAUUAUAUAAAACAGAGAAAAGCAGCAAAUCCUCAUUUCUAACAAACAUUUUCCCAUCAUAAAUGACUUAAAAGUUGAUUAUUGACGAGUGGAUUAUUGGGCUAAUGUUUCAGUACGUCUUUACACAUUCAGCUGAUUGUCCUCUUGUCAGACGGAGCCCGAGGGGGAGCGGAGUUGUCACACUUUAAAGCCAAAUGUACAGUUUAUGCAUUGUUUGUAUCCCAGCUCUUUUGUAUAAUCUCGGCACUGACAGCGUGUUGAAUAAGCUGUAGCUGAAGCUCGUUGUUAUGGACGUUUAUUCUCAUGUUCUCUUUAAACUGCAACACCACAGCUGCCCCACCGUCUCAGAACAAUAUGAAUGUGAGCUGUCGUGCCUUCCUUCAACCCGUACCUGUCUUCAUCAGACUGUGUGGGGGGGGGCCUCCCUGUAAACCAUAGCAAGGAAAACAGAAUGUAUAUUAUCUCAAAGCUUUUGAUUUUUUUUCUUAUGUAAACAUGUAUAAAGCUUUCUACAGAGGGAACAGAGUAUAUAUAUAUAUAUAUAUAUAUAUUUGUGUAUAGAAUUAUAUUUUGGAAUAUAUUUACCAAGAGAAAUUUAUUGUCUUCUAUGUGUGUAAGUACUGUGAAUUGUGGAUGUGCUCAUAUAACACACGUUUGUGGGGGAUUCAUUCAUAAAAGCCUCAUCACACGUUUUAUGACACUUCAGAUUUUUAAUCCAAAAUGAUUCGGCUUGCUUUUUAUGAUGUUUCAGUGAUCUGAACAGGUGAAAAAUCUGCAUUUCCUAACAAAAUGUUUAAAAUAGGUCCAUUCUAAAAAAAAAAAAAAAAAAAUCCAGAUGUUGAUAUGAAAGAAGUUUGCCACAGUCCUGA